AUAAAUUACAUUUGAAUUAUUGUUUACAGUAUCAUGGAUGUUGUCAAGUACUAGAUUAUUUUAGACAACAUUUUAACCAAGAAAAUGAUUCAAAGUAGUGCUUCAGAUUCAUCAGUCACACUGCUAAGUAAAACCAGAUUGCAUCCUUGUGGGGAAAGCUAAAUACAGUAUGUACAGUAGAUAUAAAAAGUCUACACAUCCCUGUUAAAAUUGUAACUUUUGUGAUGUAAAAAAAUCAUGUCAGAUCUUUUCUACCUUUAAUGUUAUAUAGCAACCAACAAAAUUCAAGUGAAAAAUAAAUAGAAACGUUUUAGGAAAAAACAAAAAGAAAAAAAAUACAAUAAUCUGGUUGCAUAAGUUCACACACCUUUUUAUAAUAGGUCAUGUGACUGUCCUCAGAACUAACCAAUCAACAUUCAAACUCAUGUUCAAAAGUACUUAUCAUACACCUGUCAUCAAUGAAAUUAUUCUGAUUAACCCCAAAUAAAGAUCAGCUGUUACUAUAAGAUUUUCUUGACAUCUUCUUGGUUUCAGACUGCUGAAGCCAUGACUUACAAAGAGCUUACAAAAUCUGUACAGGACCUCAUUGUUGAAAGGGAUCAAUCAGGAGAGGAGUACAAAAGAAUUUCCAACACCUUGGAACAUCGUGAAGACCAUAAUUAACAAGUGGAGAAAAUGGGCACCACAGUGACAUUAUCAAGAACAGGACAUCCCUCUAAAAUUGAUGAAAGCACAAGACAAAAUCUUAUCAGGGAUGCUGCCAAGAGACCUAGGCAACAUUAAAGGAGGUGCAGGAAUAUUUAGCAAAUACCUCUCUCUCUCUCUGCAUGUGACAACAAUCAAAGCAAAAGAUAUUCUUCACAUAUCUAGGCUAUGGGGUAGGGUGGCUAGAUGGAAACUCUUUCUCACAAAAAAUGAAAACACCCAAGCCUGCCCAAAUCAUUCAAAACCAUGCGGCAAUGAGAUGAGACCAAGGUACAACUUUGUGGGCAUAAUUCUGAUAUGUUCAGAACAAAAACAAGACAGCUUAUCACCCACAGAACACCAUACCCAUGGUGAAGCAUGGUGGUGGCAGCAUCAUGCUAUGGGUUGCUUCAUUUCAGCUAAGAUUGGGGCUUUAGUCAAGACAGGGGAAUCAUGGAUAGCUCCAAAUACCAAUCUCUUUUGCCCAAAAAAAAAAAAAAGACCUGAAGGCCUCUGUUAGACAGCUGAAGACAAAGAACAAGUUCACCUUCCAGCAUGAUACCAACCCAAAGCACAAAUACAAGUCAGCAAUGGAAUGGCUUCGGAAGAAGAAGAUCAAUAUUUUGGAAUGGCCCAGUCAGAGCCCAGAUCUAAAUACUAUUGAAAUCCUGUGGAUUAACUUGAAGAGGGCUGUACACAACAGAUCCUUUCACAAUUUGAUAGAUCUGGAGCACUUUUGCAAGAAAUAUUGAAAUAAAAUUGCCAAAUCAAGAUGUGCUAUGUUAGUAGACUCCUAACCAAAAAGUUUGAGUGCUGAAUUACAAGCAGAAGGUGCUUUAACAAAGUAUUAGUAUAAGGGGUGUGCACACUUAUGCAAACAGGGUAAUUUUUUUCUUUUUCUGUUUUUCCCCUGAAAUGUUUAUAUUUGUUUUUCAUUUGAAUUUUGUUGGAAAAAGAUCUGAUAUGAUGUAUCUUGGUUUCAUUUUUACAUAACAAAAAGCUACAAUUUUAACAGAGGUAUGACUUUUUAUAUUCACCGUGGUUUAGGGACGUGGAGAGAUUGUGUGAGUGUGUGUGUGUGUUUUUCCUAUGGGUGAUAAUAUCCUGUCAUAGCUUCCAGACACUUUGAAACCACAAAAAAAAUAAAUAAAUCUCCUGAGACCAAGUAAUGUUCCAGAUGUGACGCAGGGUGAUCUAGCACAGGGUCCCACCCCACUGCUAAGUAACAGCCUGUUUCAGCACUGAGACCUAGUUACAACAAGUGCUACUGAAUGUUGUGUUAAUUAAAAUGAUGCAUUUACAUUUGACUCUUUUUAUUCUGGCAGUGCACUGGUUUUCGACUAUAUGUAAGCUAAUAAUGUGAUUAAUUCAGAUUAUUAAUUUAUUGAGAACUUUUGCAACAGCAACAUUGAACUAAUUACAAUUGUUUAUCACAGGCAUGCAGAUAAUACAGGUCCAUCAGAAACCAAGGGACCUGGUCCUUGCCAAAGGAUCAUCACUGAAGAUUUCCUGCUCUAUAACUGGUACUGCUAACCCGUAUCUUUACUGGUACAACUGGAACGAGACAGCAGGGUUCACACUGGUCUUCACCUCUGUUGCUACUGGUUCAGUGAAUCCACCCAGUGAGGGUCAGUUUAAAUCUCGCAGACCUGAACAGCUUCAGAUCAUUCUGGAGUCUGAUGGAGUGAGAUCGGCUCUGCAGUGUGGUACUGUGCAGCCAGUCUCCACAGCAUCCCAAUGUCAUCACAGAGCUGUACAAAAAGUCAUUAAGUUUGAAAUUCUCAAAUAGACAGUUUUGCAUGCAUUUCACAUUGUCAAGAUCACAAGACCUCAACUGAGUGAAGCAUGUCUGUAAUCAGUGUAGUCCAGUGGUUGCUUAAACAGAGAAGAAACUGUGAAGAUUGCAGUCUGAAGUUUGAGAGUGAGAGAGUCAACAGGAAGCAAGCAAACAAUAAAAGUGAAAUUCUCAUUUUAUAACAGAGGUGGUGUUGUUGGUUUACUGACAGCUCAUUUAUGUUCCAGUGAUGCUUUUUUUCCAAGCUAUCUGAUUUUUCCCCCAAUAUAAUAAUAUUCAUUAGUCACUAUCACAUGAUGUUUCUAUGUGUAUGGAUACAAAAUUAUAGUCUUGUAAUAACAUUACCAAAAAUGCAAACUUAAACGCAAAAUCUGUUUCUGGAAAAAAGAAAGAAGAAAAAUAUUAUUCCCCUGUUUAAGUACUUUAUUAACAUAUUGUGGAAUAAAUAUUGUACUUUACAAUAGUUGAGGUGAGAAAAAAUGUCAGGUAAAAGGAAUUUUUUGCUGUGAAGAACAUGUCCAGAUUCCAUAAAUCCACUAUACAUGUUUUAUUGACUAUAAUUCAAGAAACCUGGCCUUUGCAAAAGGUUUAUUCUUUGGUUAGUUAGCCAUGUUUAUGUGGAGAAUCACACCUUUAAAUAAAAUCAGAUUGCAUGCUUUUGGAGAAAAUGAAAUAUGUAGUUCAGGGACCAGGAAAGUUUUUUUUUUCUCUAAGUAAUGAUAUCUUGGAAUGACUUCCAGACAUUUUGAAACAAAACAAAAAAAAAUACACCUGGUUACAACGUCAGCUUAUGUAAUUCUCCAGAUGUGAUGCAGGGUGAACUAGCACAGGGUUCCACCCCAUUGCUGAGUAACAGGCUUUUUCAGUAUUGAGCUCUAGUUACUACAUAGUUACUUUAUACUGCAUGCUGUGCUAAUUAACACGAUGCAUUUGCAUUUUACUCUUUUUAUUCUGACAGUACACUGGUUUUCAAAUAUAUUUAAGCCAAUAAUGUGAUGAAUUCAGUAUUAUUGAGAACUUUUACAACAGCAACAUCAAGCUAAUUACAUUUUUUUUAUAUAUUCCCAGGCUUGCAGCUCAUACAGGUCCAACAGGACCCAAGUGAACUGGUUCUUUCCAAAGGAUCAUCGGUGAAGGUCUCCUGCUCUGUAACUGGAAUGAGUAGUCAAGUCCUAUACUGGUAUCACUGGAAUGAGACAGCAGGGUUCACACUGGUCUUCACCUCUACUGCUGUUGGUUCAGUGAAUCCACCCAGUGAAGGCAUGCAGCUCAUACAGGUCCAACAGGACCCAAGCGACCUGGUUCUUGCCACAGGAUCAUCACUGAAGGUCUCCUGCUCUGUAAUGGGCAUGAGUAGUCCAAACCUGUACUGGUACCACUGGAAUGAAACAGCAGGGUUCACACUGGUCUUCACCUCUUUUGCUACUGGUACAGUGAAUCCACCCAGUCUGCAGAUCAUACAAGUCCAUCAGGAACCAGAGGACCUGGUUCUUUCCCCUGGAUCAUCGCUGAAGAUAUCCUGUUCUAUAACUGGCAUGAGUAAUCCAAACCUAUACUGGUACCACUGGAAUGAAACAGCAGAGUUCACACUGGUCUUCACCUCAGUGGGUACUGGAAUGAUGGACCCAGCCAGUGACGGUCAGUUUAAAUCUCACAGACCUGACGGGCUUAAUAUUGUUCUGGAGUCUGAUGGAGUGAGUGAGAUCGGCUCUGCAGUGUGGUACUGUGCAGCCAGUGCAGAGCUGUACAAAAACCACAACUGUUCAGUAGGAAUAUAACUACCAUCAUAUACACAUUUUUGCAUGCAUUUCACAUUGUUAAGAUCACAGGACAGUGUGAAGCUCUUUAGGUCUGUGAGAUUUAAACUGACCCUUACUGGCUGGGUCCAUCAGCCCAGUACCCAGUGAGGUGAAGACCAGUGUGAACUCUGUUGUUUCAUUCUAGUGGUACCAGUACAGGUUUGGAUUACUCAUGCCAGUUAUAGUUAUAAUUAAUGUAAUCUUGUGUUUCCAUCACCAACAGUGAAGAAUACAUGAGUGUAGUCUGACAUUUUAAGGUGAGAGAGUCAACAAGAAGUGAGCAAACAAUAAAAAAGGAAAUUCUCUUUUUGUAACAGUGAUGGUGGUGUUGGAUUUUAUAGUUUUUAUGCAAAACAGUGAAUAUAAAAUAUGAUAUUGUCUUGUAAUAACAUUGCAGAAAAGCAAAUUUUAACACAAAAUAUGUCUUUCUGAAAAAUAAAAUAGAAAGAAAAAGAUGUUAUUAGCACACUGUUUUAGUACUUUAUGAAAAAAUAAUGAAAAAAAUCUUUCUUACUUUUUACAUUUUUUUUCUAGCUAAGAACAAAUUUAAAGCAAAGGUAAUCUGAGAACAUUUUAUUGUGAAGAACAUAUCCAGAUCCCACAGUUGCACCAUACAGGAUUCACUGGCUUUCAUUUCAGAAAUGUUUUGGUGAGUGAGCCCUGUUUCAUCCAACAAGGAUCCAACAAUGGCACAGGUUUAGUCUCCUGGGAUAUGGAGUAAGACUUUGUGCUGAAAUAUCCUGAUUUCUACGAUACUAUGUCCUAAAGAAGUUUCCAGGAACUCUGAUGGCCCAAAUGCUCUGAAGUGUAAUCAGCAUAUUCAAUCCUCCUCCCCUGCUACAGGCUGAGCUAGUAUAUGGUCUCACCCCAUAACCAGUAACAGUCUAUUUCAGAACUAUACCAAAGCUAGUACAUGUUCCACUGUUUAAUAUGAGGCAUUUAUGUUUAUUUCUGUGCAUUCUGACAGUACAAUUGCUUUUGGCUGCAUGUAAGACUAUAAUCUCACAAAUAAAAUAUUGUUGUGAACUGUUUUAUUAAAUCUCGUAUAAUUAAUUUUUAUAAUUGCAGGUCUACAGCUCAUACAAGUCCAUCAGGAACCAGAAGACAUGUUUCUUUCCUCUGGAUCAUUGCUGAAGUUAUUGUGCUCUAUAUCCAGAAAUUAAUAACCCAUUUUCAACCACAACAUCUCAUUAAGAAUGGGCUUGUCAACUAUAUAGUUUUGUAUGCAUUUCACAUUAUCAGGAUUAUAGGACCUUAACAGAGUGAAGCACAGCUGUAAAUGUAGUCCCACGUUUGCUUAAACUGUGAGGAAUCUAUGUGGCUGAAGUUUUAGGGUGAGAAAUUCAGCAGGAAGCAAACAAACAAUAAAACUGAAAUUUUGUAACAGACAUGGAGAUGGAUUACUCACAACUCACAUUUUUCCAGUGUUACUGAUGUAUCCUUUGCAAAAUAAUUUGAAUUAAAAGAGUCACAUUCAUCAAUCACAAUUACAUAAAAUUGUUUUUAUACAAAACGCUGAAUAAAACAUGUUGUUGUUUAUUCUCCAAAAAAUAUCAAGAUGUAAGUAACAAUCAUUGGAACCACUGUGUUUAAUACUAUAAACACUCUUCCAUUUCCACAAUAAAAAAAC